GCCGCCGCCGUUGCCUUCGCCACUACCGCGCGACCGCCGCUACCGUAGCCGAGGCCUGACCGUCGUCGUCGCCUGACGACGGAUAACGCGCCGUCGCUGUUACGUGUCGGGGAAAAUAAUAUAUACACGGUAUAGUUGUAGGACGCGAACGCCGCUCUCUGCACCAGUACCGUUCGGCGUACUUGACAGCGCACGUCAAAGUGCGCGUGGCCGCACCGCACUCAUCCGUUUCCGCGUGAUUGUGCUUAUGUAUACAUCUUUUUUUUUUAAUUUUUUUUUUUUUUUUUUUAAUAUUUUCCCCGUUGUAAUUGAUUUCCCGCAAACCCGUACACGACCACCCAGGCUUUUCACGCGGCUCACACGCGCAUUCACGGAUCGGCGACUCCGAUCUUAACUCCGCCCCGUCGGCCCUUCAGCACGGAUAUAUCCCGUAUAACGAGCGUUUCAACAGUUAACAGUUAACCACCCGGUAGUCGGCAGCGCACGAGUCACGCGUUAUGGACAAGGAUCGCGAGUUCUGGGUGUUCGGAUACGGGUCGUUGUGCUGGAACCCGGGCUUCGAGUUCAAGGAUUCCAUGGUCGGUUACGUACAGGGUUUCUCCAGAAAGUUCUGGCAGGGCAACAUAGCGCACCGAGGGACCAAGGAAAAGCCUGGACGAGUGGCCACAUUAAUCGAAGACCCUCAGGGCUUCGUGUGGGGCAAAGCGUUUCAGCUGCCGGACGAAACAGCGUUCAAAUACUUGGAGAUGCGCGAGGUGUACAUGGGUGGUUAUGAGGUGCACAAGGUGAACGUGCGGACGGACGAUGGGCUGCGGACCGUGAACGCGACCGUGUACGUGGCCACGCCGGACAACGGGCAGUGGCUGGGCCAAGCGCCGGUGGACGAGUUGGCCGCCCAGGUGGCCACAUGCUCGGGCCCGGCCGGGCACAACGCCGAGUACGUGAUACGGUUGGCGCAGUGGGAGCGGCAGCACGCACCCCAGCAUCGCGUGGAUGACGAGCUCAAGGCGCUGGAGCGGCUGGUGCUCGAGCGGCUGGUGGCCAACGGCGUGCGGCCGGACGACGUACUCUCCAACCACCGGCCGUCGUUCUCGUCAAUGGUGCCCGAGAAGAAGUUGAGGUGUUUGAACAUUUGAAAGGAGACCGGCGCAACCUCUCGACACCAGUCACUGGAUACCUCAAUGCCUGCGCAUUUCUGUAUACAUACCUACGUUAAUAUUUUGUAAAAUUGACUUUUAGGAUGUUGUAUAUUAAUAUUGCUGCGCGUGUAUACUUAAUAUACUCAUACGGACAAAACUUGCACACGUUGCAGUUGAUAUGUUUGUUGCGUUUAUUUAUUAAUUCGUUUAUUUUCCAUUGUAUAUGCACAAAUUGCAAUGCAGACUGUUUAUCGAAUUAUUUUUAUAAAAUAUUUUAUUCCAUACGGCAUUAUAAUGUCUAAAUAUAAUAUUUAUAUAUAUGCAUUUAUAUGCUUAUGUUUACUUGUGUACAUAAUGUUAUUAUCUUUUACUUGGCGUGUUCGAAGUUACAUAAACGAAAAACGAACCGUGUGGAACA